UUUUUUUCUUUUUGGGAAGGCUUUUGAGCUCUUCUUUUCAUUUGGGGAGCAGAGAUCGAUCAGGAGAUCGUCAAUGGCGAAUGGUCUGAGAGCUCGGAAGAGGGUUCGAGCUCCUUGUCGAGCUCCAGAUGGAAGCGCCUAUCAAAAAUGUGAGCGAUGUGGUGUUUCAGUUCCGAUUGUUCUCCUGGACAUGCAUGAUUGCGGGCAAAAGAGAGCCAAACGUGAUUCUUCAAGUUUGGGCAUUUCUCUUCAGCCGAGAUCUCCUUUCCGCUUCUUCAUGGAGAGCUUUGAGAAAACAUUCAAGACCAUAAAUGUAUUAAAGAUUGAACAAGAAGGAUUCAAUCAGUGGAUUAAUAUGUCACAAGAGGAGAGGAGUCCUUAUAUUAUCAAAGCUGAGGAGAUAAAUUCAAUUUAUCACAAAAUGUUGCUAAAAGAGGGGCGUGUCAUAUCAAAGGCUGAUGAUGAAGCUGAUUCAGCAACGGUGGGGAAGUUUGAUCCGCGAUUUAGAGACUCACUGAAUUACGAUGACCUCGAUGAAUUCAAGAGCUUUGAAAGUGAUGAUUGGUACAUUGGGGAUUCAUGGUCUUCUUGAUCAAUGGAGACAAAGAUCAGAAUCAGGGCAAGUCAUUUGGCUAUAUAUUGUGAAUAGAGAUUCAAGUUCUAAAUCAAAAGUUUUUGGUUUUCUGUUUUCCUCUUUUAUCUGCUUCAUGUCCAAUGUUACAAUACAAUGAACAUAUUAUGAAAUGAAUCCCAGUUUUUGUUGAAUGAAGUGAACACUCAGUGUAUGCUCAAAAGUUCACUUCAAAAUGAUCAUGUAUAUAUAUAUAGAAUUUACAUCUAA